AUGACUGGCAGAGUAGUAGCAGGAAGGGGGGGUUUUGAUCUCUUACGUAGACUUGAGUUGUCUCCACAGUCCGACACACCAGACAUUGUGAAAGAAUGGACUGACCUUCUUCUUGAUAUGGCUGUUAUGCCUGGAGACAACCUACCCGAGUCUAUUGGCAGGUGUGCUAAUGUUCGUUUUCUAUUUGCUCCUCAUAACAAGUUAUCUUCUUUACCUCAGUCCAUAUCCAACCUGUCACUCCUCACUUACUUGGACCUAUCAAACAAUGCUUUUACUACAUUUCCCAUAGCAUUGUAUGGCUUGGCUAAGCUACAAGACCUAAACCUGAGCAGCAACCAUCUAUCUGACUUACCAGAGAAGAUCAGUGGUAUGACGGGCCUUCAAACAUUUGAUAUUAGUUUUAAUAAUUUCAAUACAUUUCCCACAGCACUGUUUAAUAUGACUAACCUGGAGACAAUGUUAUUAAAAGGCAGCAAGCUGUCUGACAUACCAGUUGAAAUCAAACAUAUGACAGGGCUUAGAAGGUUCUGGCUUGAUAGCAAUUGCUUUUCUGUAUUCCCCACAGCACUGUGUGGCAUGGCUAAACUUAAGUUGCUGGACCUAAGGAAGAACCAGAUAUCUGACAUACAAGUGGACAUCAGUGAGUUGACAGAGCUUGAAAAAUUGUUUCUCCAUCAGAAUGCUUUCAUUACAUUCCCCACAGCACUGUGUAGCAUGACUAAGCUAAAGGAGCUGGACUUGCAAGACAACCAGAUAUCUGAUAUACCAGCAGAUAUCAUUUCAAUGAUUGGAAUGGAAUCACUGGAUCUUAGGUCCAAUAAAAUCACUCACCUGCCACCUCAGAUAGGGAAUAUGAAAAGCUUGGUGGAAUUAAAUGUGAAAGGGAAUCCCCUGGAACAACCACCACAGCAUAUUGCUGACAGAGGGCUUGAUGCAAUCAAAAGGUAUUUUGAAGCAUUAACUACCACUAAGGCAAUCCAGUCAAGUAGAAUACAGGUCAACUUGCUUGGGGAAACAGAAGCAGGGAAAACUAGUCUCUCUCGCACACUGCAGAGAGGAAGGUCAACACUCACAGAGUCAGCAGACAGGACAAGAGUGGUAGAACAAGGGACAUGGGAGACUGACCAAGAUAUUGCCUUCAAUAUCAAUGACUUUGGGGGACAUGAUGUCUACAAAAUUGGUCAUCCUAUUUUCAUUUCCAAACGCGGCUUGGUCCUAAUCACAUUUGACCUAUCAGAGUAUGAUCCACAAAAUAAAGCACAUUAUCAGCUCUACAUUGGAAACUGGAUUGACAAGGUACAAGCACAGUUGGCAGGUAUAAAGAUGGCAGUAGUGGGAACUCAUUUAGAUCAAGAUAAAGCCUCCAUUGCAAAAUGUUCUAUAAUAAAAAGCAAACUGGAAGGUCACAGGCAGAAGAAACAAAAAUGGUAUGAGUCUCAAAUAAAGAGCAUCAAGAAGAAAAUUCUGGACACAGAUGAGACCCAAACAUCUAUCCUUCAAGCCUAUAAGGAUAAGAAGAGUAAACUGAUGGCCUUACAAGAACAAGUCACUGACAUCCAUGAUGACAUUUUUAGGGUGAGUUCCAAGACCAUGGAGGGAAUUGAAGGUUUACAAAGUUUUCUUACUAUUGUUGCAAAAGAGCGUGCUGUAAUUUUACCAGAAAUGUGGGUUGCUGCUGCCACCAUGGUUUGUGCCGAGAUAUAUGAAGGAUCUGAAAAUACACUUGGCUGGGACAAGUUAAAAGACCUUAUUCUGCAGUCUGCUCCAACACUCUGGAAAGAGAGAAAUUCUUCCUAUGAAGACCUCAAUUUAGCAACAUGUGACAUUUUAAGUUUUCUUGCUCAUCGUGGUGACAUCAUUUGGUUUGAUUCAAGCCCUACUCUGAAGAAAUUAGUGUUUCACAAGCAAGAAGUUCUAGCAAAUGUUCUCAAAGCAGUGCUCAAUCAUGAUAGUGAUGUCGUUCAGUCCAAACUCCAACAGUCCAUGAGUAUAUCAGAACCUAAAGCAAAGAAAAUCUGUGAUGACAUCUUCAGCAGUGGCAUCAUUUCCAGAAAAGCAAUGGACUGCUUAUGUGAGCCUUUCAAAUUAUCAAGCACUGAAGCUGAUGUUAUGGUAGAACUGAUGCAAAAACUGGAGCUAUGCUAUCAAGUCCAGGAGGAUCCACUGGUCCCAUCCAGCAUCUUAUUCCACUUUCCAUGGCUUCUUACUCAGGACAGACAGCUUGAGUUGGAUGAAAAAUGGCCCAGCAAGGUUUCUUCAGACACCACACAACUAGCGCUGGGGAUCCAUUUUCCAUUCCAGUGUCCAGAGGGCAUAUAUGAAAAACUAUCUGUUCGUCUGCACAAAUACCUUGCACGUACGAAGACCGAGCACAUAGACUGGAAGGAUGGAGUGUAUGCACAGCUUCAAAGUUGCAAAAUGCAGCUGUCUCGAGAGGAGAGACAUCAUCAGCUUGAAAUGGCCAACAGUACCACAGAUUGGGUCAUCACUAUAGCCAUCAGAGGAUCAGAUCUUUUAAAGAUGUGGGGUGUUCUUUCUCGUGUCCAUGAUGACCUCAUGACCAUUAUUGAAGAGGACUGGCCUGGGGUGUCUUAUGACAAAUACCUGGUGUGUCCACAUUGUACAAAUGAAGACCGUGAGGAGCCAACCCUCUUUGAGGUAGAAAUACUUGCAGGCGUCGACAGACCAACAAAUGUGCUAUGCAAAAACACUGGUAGAUACAUUUCUGCAGACCUGGUCUACCCACCACACUGGAAGCAAGUUGUCAACAAGAAAAAAGACAGGCUGAAGCAAAACAUCACAGAACCUGAUCUCCUUCACUUGAACGAUCUCUUUUACCAAGAAGGCAUCUUUUCUGAAUAUGAAUAUGAUUGGAUAAAGGAAUCUCCUGAAAAAACUGCUAUCUUGGAUUUCCUGACCACGAAAUCUGACUACAAGGCAUUUGAUAUUCUCUGUCAGUUUUUUGUUGAGCUUGAGCGGUUUGAUCUACUUGAGUUAAUCAAGUACUAA